AGUUGGUGAUAGUGAGCACGCUCAGGCAACUCUUCAGGAAUGGCAACCCUCAACACCACUCACUGGAAUGAGACUACAUCCAUUUCCCAGUAUCUGGACUUUCAAGUGCAAAAGAUUUACCCUUUCCAUGAUAACUGGAACACUGCCUGCUUUAUUAUUCUGAUCAUAUUCAUCUUUACUGUAGUAUCUCUGGUGGUGUUGGCUUUCCUCUAUGAACUGCUAGACUGUUGCUGCUGCGUGAAAAAUAAAACUGUGAAAGACUUGGAGAAUGAACCCAAUCCCGUUAGAGCAAUGUUGAACAGGUUCAGAAAGCAUGAAACAGAGGUGGUGUAGGAAGGACUGAGCAUCAGCACUUG